GAGAGAGAUAUCUGCUUACAGCUGCUGUCAGAUAUCCGAUCGCAUUCGCAUGGCGAGGAGGUAACCUGAUCGAGCUGGGAGGAGUGACUUUACCAGGGAAGGUUUGAACAAAAAAAUGUCUUCUUCUUCUGCCGGUGAAGUCACAACAGCAAAUGACAUCAAGAGGGAAAAUGUGAAUGAGGUGGGUAAGCGGGAGUGCAUCAAGCUUGUGGCGCUGGACGCGGCGGAGUUGUCCAUGGAGCGCAACACGGACGCGGUGCGCACGGAGCUGUUGGUGAGCGCCGCUUCCUCUCUGGCUUUCUCCCCGGAGCAAGUGGCGUGUGUCUGCGAGGCUUUGCAGCAGGGAGGUAAUGUGGACCGGCUGGCCAGGUUCCUGUGGUCCCUGCCACAGAGCGACCUGCUGCGCGGCAACGAAAGCAUCCUGAAAGCCCAAGCCCUCGUUGCUUACCACCAGGCUCGGUAUCAGGAGCUCUACAGUAUUUUGGAGAACCACAGUUUCAGUCCGUCCAACCACACCUUUCUACAAGAGCUGUGGUACAAGGCCCGAUACACCGAGGCGGAGAAGGCGCGGGGGAGACCCUUGGGCGCCGUGGACAAGUACAGGAUCCGGAGAAAGUACCCUCUCCCCAGGACUAUCUGGGACGGCGAGGAGACUGUGUAUUGUUUCAAGGAGAGAUCCCGGAACGCGCUGAAGGAUCUUUACAACCACAAUAGGUAUCCCUCUCCUGCAGAGAAAAGAAAUCUCGCCAAGAUUACAGGACUCUCCUUGACCCAGGUCAGCAACUGGUUCAAAAACAGGAGACAGAGAGACAGAAACCCGUCCGAGGCACAAUCCAAAAGUGAAUCUGAUGGAAACCACAGCACAGAGGAUGAGUCUAGCAAAGGCCAGGAGGAGUUGUCCCCCCGGCCCCUCUCUAACUCCUCAGAUGGAGUGAUCACCCAUGGGACACUUCCCAUUCAAACAGGGCCUCUGGACAAUGGGGUGGUCAUCCAACAGAUCGGGGACAUCAAGCUUCCCCCUGGAUCCAGCAGUGGCGGACUCUACAACGGAAGUCUCGUGACAAAUAACAGCCCCUCCGCCGUGUUUCACAAUGGUGGCUCGUCUUACCUCCACACACCUGGAAACAUCCUCUUCAACGGGCUCAAUCUGGGCAUCCAGCCCUUGGCCUUCAACCCUCUGAGGCCGUCUGGAGGGGUGCUUCUGGGGGGCUCUGGUAUGGACAUGCAGAUGCAGACGGGACAGGAGAAGGGACUGGGUUCUGCUGAGGACUCAGCCCUGCAGUACGGCUCCUACUCAGGCUGUGUGAACGGAGCAGAUGUGAAACUGGAGGGGGUGCACGCCAUGGCUGCCCAGAACGGAGGCCCCUCUGUGCUCACGUUCAACUCCUCGUCAGGUGCGCUGCAUCUAGGAGGCUACAGUCUCGUCCAGGUACCAAGUGGAGUCUCUGACAGCGAUGGCAGUUCAUUACUCAACAGCGACUUAGGUCUUCCUCCACUGCAGCUCUCUUCGGCUCCAUCCUCCUCAACAAUCUCACAAGGUACCAUGAACAAUGUAGCAGUGAGUUCCUCCAGCGACUCGUUCCAGCAGCAGGACAAGCUGGCCAUGACGUCCCUGCACCACAGCACAGUGCUCUACAGCAUGAGCAACGUCGGCCAGCCGGCCAUCAAGAAGGAGCCUCUGGAGGGAGGCGUCUACUCCUCGUACCACCACGGGCUCCACCUGGACUCCAGCGGUCAGCUCAGCUACACCACCCCCAACUCAGAAGCGGUUCCUUCCAGUCGAGGCCCCUCCUCGACCGCCGAGGUCUCCGCCGUCAGCUCGUCCAGCCCCGAGCCGGAGGUCUACACCACCCUCACUGUCAGCACGCCCCUGAUGGCCCACACAGACCCCAGCAGCCACCACCUCCAGCCCGCACAGUAUCUCAGGGGCCACGAGUUGCGGGGGCCCUCCUCGCACCUGAUGGGCCCCGGCAUGAACAGCAACUACAUGAACCUUUCAGAAAGCAAGGUGGGCGGUUCGGGCUCAGGGGGCGUGAGUGAAAUGGUGCGAGCCAUGUGUGGGGAGAUGGAGGCUGUGGAGGGGAAGGACCUGGACAAACUACAGACAGUGCAGAUGGAGGAGAACAUGGCUGACCUUUAACCUCGAACCUCUUGCUGAAGCACUCAUGUCCGUCCAAGCAGGGAUACAGUGAAUCUUUGAACUUUUGCGUGAGCGUGCCUGUGUGUGUGUGUGUGUGUUUUUUACCAUUCAAUUCCUUUAAAUGUUAAAUUAUUUCUGUUCAUUUGACUUUUACAAUGCACUCUAAUCAGAGGGGAGCCCUGUAGGUGCACAUAAUCUGUCCAUCAUAAAAAAUUAAAAGAAGACUAUGACAUAUUUUUAAAGCCCCGUUCAUAAGAUGAAACACAACGACGGUUCCGUACAGAAGAAGUCGCUGUAUGUGUUUGAGCCGUGUUUAAAUAUGCAUUUUUAUAGACAACACCUGCUACUUCCUGUUGAGUGGAUUUGAUCUGCAGAAGCAGGUGCUGGAAUGCCUGGAGGCAUGUGACAAGGAUGUUCCUCCAAACUAAAUGCGUCAUAUGGGUCAAACCAAAAAGGUCAUUCAGUAGGGGGAAGAGGGAGAGAGCCUCUGUGAAAACGGUCCGUUAAACAGCAACAGCUUCACUUGAGGACUGUGCACAUUCAGAGGAGAGGUCAUUAAACACACAACGCUGCUGAAUUCAGGAAAAAGUGUCCUUCAGUAAUCACCUUUAAUUCUCUGAAUGCCUCUCAAGUCACUACAAACCCCUGUUUUGUGCUUUAUAUAAUACCAAAUGAACAAGGAGUGCUGGACUAUAGAGUGAAGACGAAUGUGCCUUUUCUGCUACUUCAAAUACACACCGGCAUUGGUCUGUUUUGGCGUUUGCACUACCAUAAUGACACUACAAUGUAACAUGUUUCAAACAGCCUUCAUGUUGUGCGUGACACAACAAAUGCAUACUAUUUCAGUAAUAACUCAUAUUUCAAGCCUCGUCGUCGACCUGUGAGACCAAGAUAUGAAUGCUCUAACGGUCUGGCUGUCGGUUGACACGCUGUUCAUCAUAUGUUGUUUAUAAUGCCGCAACUCAUAGUAUGUUAACUAGAUGUGAUGAUGCUAUACUAUAUCCUGUUUCAUUUUGAUGUGUCUCUCCAAUGUCAGUACUUAUGAAUGAUAUUGUUCUAUAAAGGGAUUGUACUAAUCUCUCUUUGCAUGGCGUCAUAAUGUUUUGGACACUAGUGCCUUUUACUUUUCUUUCUUGAAUAACACUGAAGGUGAGCUUUGUCGUAGCUCUUGCGUUGGCGUGCAGGCAGUGACAUUGCAGCUUCAGAGAUUUACCACCGCUUCCCGCAGCCGUUACUCGCACAUUUGUUGGGUGUCAGUUGAGGGAAAGACAUGAGAAUGUGGAGCCCAUUUGUCAAGUGUGUCCAGUGCUUUUCACAACAGGAGCCUAAUUCCUCGCCGUCAUACAUGACCAUUAUAUCACAUUUCAGCCUUACAGCCAACUCACACCGUGCACAUCUAUCGAUGCAUUACACGUCUUCAUACAAGUGGACUAGAAAUACUUUUCUUUGUCAGGAUUUGUGAAAUAAUCACCUCAAUUUGAAUGGAUGUUUCAAUGAAAGUAUCCUCAGUGCUUUAAUGUCAUAUACCAAAAAUGAGUCGUGGACAAAAUUAUAAAACUGAUGGUCAAUUGUUUUUUGUUUUUUAAAUCUUAGUUUGAAUUAUAUGUUUGUUAUUUGAAAUUAUGUGAAUGUAUUUUUCUAAAUCUCCAUACUGCAAUAAAAGUUUAUAUUUAUAAAAAC